AUGCCUCUCCCACUCCCAGCCAGAAAGAACCUCAAGGAACACGAACAAUUCCUCGCUGAUGCUCACACCAAGAUCAAGAAUGUUUUAGGUCUUGAAUGGACUAUUGAGUUUGACUUUGAAGCUAUUCUCGCUGCUGUAUCUGAUCCAAAAUGGGUUGGUGGUGACUUGGGUGAUUUGUUUUACAAAAGAGUAGCAGUAUUCAUUGGUGAAAACAUUGAAAGAUUGUCAAACAAGGAUUCAAGCAUCAAGGAAAGUUUGAUUGCCAAUAAUACAAACAAAAAGGUUGUUGUAUCUAUUGUUGCCAAGGUUCCAAAUUCUUCAUAUUGGCAAUAUGUAUUUGAGAAUGGAUCGUUAUCAGUUUAUGGAUGUCCAUCUCUUGCCAAUAUGGAUACUGUCAAGUACCUCGACUUUGAAAUCCCAUCUGGUAGUAUCUAUUCGAUGAAGGCAUUACUCAACAUCAAGAGUGUCAAGCCCAAGUAUGAUGAAGCUUUUGCUACUCUCAAAAAGGUUACCUCUGCCGACUGGACCCUAGACCAAGCCUCUGUUGAUGAAUUCUAUGGUGUUGCCAAGGAAAAGUAUGAUACCAUCAUUGGUGACCUCGUCGCUGAAGUAUUAUUGGCUGUUGCAUUCAAUGUUGAGACCCGUGGCAAGGAGGAAAUGGUAUUGGAAGCAUUCAAUGAAGCCACUUCCAAUCACACCAUCGUAUUCCGUUAUGUCAAGGCAUCAUCAUCUGACUGGAUCUGGUCAUUUGACAAUGGAUCACUUGUCCUCACUUACAGAGCUAUUUCUAAUCUCUCUGAAAACAAGUACCAUGAUUUCGAAAAGUUAUUUUGUUGGUUUUUAUAUGCUGUCAUAUUUUUCCCCUAUCUCAUAGCCACUGAUAAAGAGGCUCCUCUUAUUCUUCAAGUUGCCCUCUUCCUAUUUUUAAUUUUAUUUAUUCUAGCUCAAUAUUAUUAUUAUGACAAUAUAGUAUUUAUUUUGGCAGCUGGUGUAGCAUAUGGUCUCUAUGCUUUAUUGGAUCAUUACAAAGAACAUGAAUUUGAAAUUUCACUGACCAUUAAUAUUGUAUCUGCUUGUUUGAUGGCUGCUGGAUUCAUCCCAGCUGUUUAUGAAAUUAUCCAAGCUCAAUCUGCUGAAGGUCUAAGUCGUCCCUAUGUCGUAUUGGACUUUGUAGGAGGAAUUGCAUCGAUCUUGUCGUUGAUUUUUGUCACUCCCUUUGAUUACCUUGCCUUUGCCAACUUUUUAAUCGUACCUAUUUUCGAAGGAACCAUUUUCUUUUUAAGUUACUAUUAUGGAACGCAAGUCAAGACGCAUGGAGUUCAAUAUGGCGACGAGGAAGAGCAAGUAUGGGUAAAGCCAUUACGAUUUAACCGUAGUUUAACAAGAUCACAUAGAGCCACUACCAGAGCACGUCGAGAUACUCAAAUGCCAGCAAAAAAGACAGACACCAGAUUAUCGGUCAUUGUCUAA